AUGGAAAUACCACACAAUAUUACAGAAUUUUUCAUUCUGGGACUUUCACAGAAGCCAGAGGUACAGAGAGCUCUCUUUGUGGUCUUCCUGAUUAUCUACGCGGUCACGGUUUGUGGCAACAUGCUCAUUGUGGUCACCAUCGUUUCCAGCUCUAGCCUCGCUUCUCCCAUGUAUUUUUUCCUUUCUAACCUAUCCUUUGUUGACACCUGUUAUUCUUCUUCUUUGGCCCCUAAACUCAUUGCUGACUCCUUGCAUGAGGGGAGAGCCAUCUCUUUUGGUGUCUGCUUAGCCCAGCUCUUUGGAGCCCAUUUUCUGGGAGGAGUUGAAAUCAUUCUGCUCACAGUGAUGGCCUAUGAUCGCUACGUGGCCAUCUGCAAGCCCCUGCACUACACGACCAUCAUGACCAGGCACUUCUGUGCCCUCCUGGUGGCGGUGGCUUGGCUAGGAGGCUUCCUGCACUCAUUGGUUCAGCUCCUCCUGGUCCUUCAGCUGCCCUUCUGUGGGAUCAACGUGAUCGAUCACUUUGUGUGCGACUUAUAUCCUUUGCUGGAGCUGGCCUGCACCAACACCUAUGUCAUUGGUCUGCUAGUGGUGGCUAACAGUGGUGUGAUCUGCCUGCUGAACUUCCUCAUGCUGGUUGCCUCCUACAUUGUCAUCCUGCGCUCUUUGAGGUCCCACAGUGUGGAGGGGAGACGUAAAGCCCUGUCCACAUGUGGGGCCCACUUCACUGUUGUUGCCUUGUUCUUUGUGCCUUGCAUAUUUAUUUACAUGAGGCCCUCAACUACGCUGUCCAUAGACAAAACCAUGGCAGUAUUUUAUGGUAUUCUGACUCCUAUGCUGAAUCCACUCAUUUACACUCUGAGGAACGAAGAGGUAAAAAGUGCCAUGAGAAGGAUCUGCGUACAACUGGAAAAGAGAAGGAAAUUUAGUUUUAUCAAGGCUUCUAGGAGCAUUGUGACCUCUUGA